CGCAUUUCAGGGCGGGGCUAAGAAUGUUCCUGUCUACGCUGAGGAGGAGAACGAGCCCCUCGAGCCAGCCGCGGGGCGAGGCACUGACACACGCGGGAGCCCCUUUCUGCCUCCGCUCCUCGAUGUCCCGCACUCGAGCCGAGUCUUGCCAGGCAAAUGGCGGCGGCGAGGGAGCUGUGUGCGUGGGGGGUGGAACGGCUCCUCUGGGACCGACUUCCCACCUCGGAGGGCGCUUAUGGAGACGCGACGGUCAGGGCGUGAUGCAGCCUGGACGUUCCAUGAAAAAACGGGCGCCGUCUGAGUGGCGUUGCCUGGUGCCUUUUUGGCAACUUUAGACCGGGACUGCGACCGUGCGAGGAGGGUCUCUGAGGAUCUUGCCCCGCAUAUGGUGGCGAAACGAAGGGGAGCCGGAAAUCUUCUGAUACCGCCCUCGGCGUCAGGUGGUGCGAAUUGUUCUACGAAUUCUUCUCUUGCCCCGUCUUUAGCUGUGCCUCUGCUUCCCGCCCUCGUUUCGCGCCUGUCCCUCCCUGGGCCAGGGCCCUCCUCCGCCCGGCGGGACCUUUCAAGUGAGGGCCUUUUCAAUAUUUUCAGACUGUUUUAGCACUUUGCUGCCAAAAUGGUAAGCAUCGAUGCCAGUCAGUGGGAUGAAACCAUUUGUGAUAUGAUUGCUUGCCAACACCCUCCCUGCUGGGAGGCGAUGCGGAGGAUUGAAAAAGGGCACCCCCGGAUCUUGUUAAGAACCCUUGUCUCGCCUGGGAGAGAUUCCCCAGAAUCUGAAGAUGAGCUGCCGACACUAAAGAUUGUCAACCUUCCCCUCAAUUAUUCUCAAAGAGAGAGGAUAUGUGCUGAAAGUUUUGGUUCCAUCUCAAAGACCAUCUCAAAUAUCAAAGAUGCUAGACGUUAUUUUUUCAAUUCUACCCUGAAUGAUGCUUUGAUACCCGCUGUUUCAGGACUGAGUUCUGAAAGGAAUCCCUUCCCAGGAUUGAACUCCAGGAUGGAAUCUCACACUCCCCAUUUCACACCAAUAAGUUUCACCUGCUUGAGGCAAGCUGAGAAAAUACAGGUGACAGAUCUCGGUGAGUUUGCUGUACACAGACUAUACACAAACCAGCCAACCUAUGGAAACUUGGUUGUCCGUUGGGUCCCAGACGUGCGGCAUAGACAUCAGCAGGCUGAGAAGCUGGCCGCAAGAGUAGUGACACCAGCGCGGAGAAUGUGUGUGAAAGACCUUGCUUUGGAAAGCAUCCUCUCAUUUAAGGACAAGAAGGAGACGAGAAGAAAGAAAUCAAAUAAAGUUCCUACAGGAGGUCAGCCCUACCUCCUUCACCUAAGGAAGAGGCAGAAAGUUCCUGCCAAUAAAUCAAGUAGUCCUGUACAUAAAGAAACGGAUCCAAGGGAAAGCCUCAUCAGGCAGAAGCAGUUCUCUCCAUCCCAUUUGCUGCUAGCUCCUUUAGCACCCCCACAUGUCAAGUGCCUCCUGAAUCUGGAGAACAGUAGAGAAGGGUUGUGGGCAAGCAAGGAGAAUCUAAGCCCCCCUUUUACCGUGCAGAAGGCACCCAGUUUAUACAGACUCGAAACUAAGAUUCCAGUGAAAGGAAAAUUCCCAAGAAGAAUUCCAAGUCAACUCAAGGUUGCCUUAAGAGACUCUGUGGUUUUCAGACACCUGAUGCCAACCCUAGCAAAGCAGCUGGAUGGUUCCGAUUCCCUUUGUGAUGAAGGAGGGGGCCUUCUUGACAAGGUCCAGCUCUUCCAGGAAGGUUCUGCAGAGGGUGGCAGCGGCGGCCCUGAGAUGCCACCAGUGACUGCUGCUGAGAGGACGCCUUCUAUGAAGUUUGUGGAGUACAAGAGCAAUAGGGCCACACUGUACAUGGAGGGUUGUGAUAACUUUGCUCCCCGGAUUUCAAGAAUGGAGUCCAAGUACAGCCAUUACUGCAAGCACCUUGCAAGCCGGAAGGAGUCUCUGCUGACUCAGAGCGAUCCCUCAGCAGUCAUCAGCAGAGAGCCCUGGCCCCAGGGAGCAGCUCAGAAAACAGAGGACACUCUCCUGCAGAUGCAGUCCUUGGACCCCCCUCCGCCCCCUCCCUCCCCACUCAUCCCUGAGAACAGUGAUGAUCCUCUAGGCCUGACUUGAAGUGAAGGAAGGGGCAUUUGUCAGCAACAGCCUACUAUGGAGAUGGGCCCUUUUUGUAUGGGGGAGGUUUGUUGCUCCUCUUGGAGUUAGAAUCAUUAAAAUUCCAGCUUCUUCA